UUAAACUUAUUUUUGUUUCUUUAAAAUUGGACCUAAAAUUUCAGAGAACAUCAUCGGUUGAUCAGGAGUUCUCUGUCUGAUCAGGUGUUUCUGCUUCACUGGUUUCAAAGCUGACUGGUGGGAAGACGAGUGUCGGACGUUUGAUCUCAACUCGGAGCAGCUGUUUGAUCUCAACUGAGGAUGCAAUAUGAGUUCUACACGAAAGAAACAGGGUAACAGAAGCAGACGCAGACCUGAAUCCUCUCAGCAGAAUUACAAAACUGUUGCAACACCAACAAAUAAAAAUAAACCAUACAGCUGCGACCAAUGUGGGAGAGCUUUCACAUGGCCAAAUGAACUAAAAAGGCACCAAGUCAUCCACAGUGAAGAAAAGCCGUACACUUGUGACCAGUGUGGGAGAGCAUUUAACCAACUGUGUCACCUCAAAAACCACCAGCUCAUCCACAGUGGCGAUAAACCGUAUACCUGUGACCAAUGUGGCAGAGCGUUCAGCCAGCCAAAUAAUCUGAAAAGGCACCAACUCAUCCAUAGUGGAGAGAAACUGUAUAUUUGUGACCAAUGUGGCAGAACUUUCCAUGUGUUGUCUUACUUAAAAAAACACCAAAUCAUUCACAGCGAAGCAAGACCAUACAGCUGUGAACAAUGUGGGAGAGUUUUUAGUCGACCAGAUACUCUGAAAAGGCACCGGGUCACCCACAAUGAAGAGAAACCAUACACUUGUGACCAGUGUGACAGAGCUUUCUCCACGUUAGCUUACCUAAACAUACACCAGCGCAUCCACACUGGACAUAAACCGUACAUUUGCAGUUAUUGUGGGAGAGCUUUCAAACAGUCAUCAACCCUAAAAAGGCACCAACUCAUCCAUAGCGGAGAGAAAUCAUACAGCUGUGACCGGUGUGACAGAGCUUUCUACACAAUAUCUGAAUUGAAAAAACACCAACGCAUACACACUAGAGAUAAACCAUACACUUGUGCCUAUUGCAGGAGACCUUUUAAACUUGUAUCAUCCCUAAAAAGGCACCAGCGCAUCCACAGUGGGGAGAAACUACAUGUUUGUUCCUCUUGUGGGAGACCUUUCCAGCAUUCAUCAGCACUAAAAAAGCACCAACUCAUCCAUGGUGGAGAGAAACCACACAUUUGCACUUCUUGUGGGAGAACUUUCCAGCAUUCAUCAACUCGAAAAAGGCAACGACUUAACCAUGGUGGAGAUAAACUGUACCCCUAUGACCAAUGUGGGAUUUGUUUUCACCAUCACCAUCUUAUCCAUACUGGUGACCAAAUGUACUCUUGCAGCCACUGUGGGAAGAGAUUAUGUUCUUUGCUUUCACUGAAGUAUCACCAGCGUACUCACACUAGGGAGAACUCAUAUCGGUGCAAAUACUGUAGGAGAAACUUUAUUCGAUUAUCGUCACGGAUCAUUCAUGAGUGUCUUCACGCUGGAGAGAAACCAUACCGGUGUCACCACUGUGAGAAGUGUUUUAGUUGUAAAUAUUCGUAUGUAGUACACAAACGUAUUCAUACUGGUCAGAAACUGUAUUGGUGUCAACUACCUGAAGCAGUUGUGUAAGCUCCUGUUCCUCCUGCUGAGAUGUUAGACAUCUUCAGUACCAGUGUUCUUUGGCUGAUUCUGUAGUCAUCUGUGAAGCACCAUGUUUUGGUGAGAUUGUAAAGUCUAUGAACCAGCAGAAGGUGGAGAAAACUGAAGGGUUCUGGGAUAUUGAAGCUGAAUUCUUUCAGCUGGGUUAAGAUGCUGUUCUACUGACAUUGCAAGUAAUCUUUGUUUCUAUCUGGGAGACUGGUAUCAUCCCUGUGGGCUGGAAGAAUGGCUGGAUGGCCAUGGAGGACAUGUGUCAGUUAUGUGGGUUGGCGAUGUGCAGCUUCCAGACCUAACCUGCCCAGAUGUCAAAUCUUUGUGGGAAAUAAUAACAUUUUGAGUGUCCUGUAUUUAUGUAACUUUUAUCUGUUUUUAUGUAUGUUGAUUUUUGUAUCAAACUCUAAUCCAAAGAUGUAAUAUCAGUUGCACAAGUUGAGAGGAAAAAUUUUAGUUUAACCUUUAUUUAACCAGGUUUGGCCCAUUGAGAUCGAGAUCUCUUUUGCAAGGAGACCUGGACAAUUAUAAAGUUGCUUAUUCACCUAACCUGCAUGUCUUUACAUGUGGGAGGAAACCACAUUUAUAUAUUACAAACAUUUACAUAUUUAUAUUACAUUUAACGAGGAUCCUGGUAGUGCCCUUUCAUCAAUUAAUUUAAGUUUCACCUUUGCAACCAUACUCCCCCGGAACCCAAAGACUUUGGUUUCCUGGAUUCUGAAGCUAGUUGGCAUUGUUUAUGGUCAAAACUACGACAGUAUCUGAUCGUCUUCGAACGUCCGACUUUCAUUCUUGAUUAUUGAAAAUAUUCUUGGCAAAUGCUUUUGCUUUCAACCAGCUUGCGCCAGUCCAUGAAUUUCACGCUGAGCAGCGCAAUAUGAAUGCCCCCGGCCGUCCCUCUUAAUCAUGGUCCAAGUUCAGAGAAGAAAAUCCACAAAAUAGAACCGGAGUCCUUUUCCAUUAUUCCUAGCUGGGGUAUUGAGGCGACCAGGCCUGCUUUGAACACUCAUUUUUUCAAAGUAAAUGCUUUGGACCCCGCGGGACACUCAGCUAAGCACAUCGAGGAGGUACCGAGAGGCAGGACCUUGGACAGACAGCAGCUUGCUUCGCAGCGGGCCAUCAGCUCAAUCCCGAGAUCCAACUAUGAUCUUUUUAACUGCAGCUACUUUAAGAUACUCUGUUGGAGCUGGAAAUACCACAGCUGCUGGCACCAGACUUGCUCUCCAAUGGAUCCUUGUUAAUAUUACAAACAUUUAUAUAUUACUCACAAAAUAUAUUAGUCGUACAUACAUUGAUUCCAAAGUAAGUUCCAUUCAUGUCAUUGUUUUGAUGAUAAAUGUCCAAAACUGCUGUUGAUUUUUUUUGUUGUUGUUGCACACACAUAAGAGCGAUGCGCUGGGUGCUGGUCUGUCAUAUGGUACAGUGGUCAGUGUUGGUAAAAACAAGGUUGUAGGGUCAAAUCCAGCAUUACAUUUUUUUUUGUGCAAGUUUCCUCUUGAUGUUCAAAGUGUUUGA